ACUGUGAUGUUUUGUUGCGUUUUGGUGCGCAAUCAGAGUGAGCUGGACGUGAAGAAAAUACAGGUUCACGGUGAGAUCGUAGAGGUGUUUGGGCUUGAGAGGAUGGUUGGUUCCGCUGAUGCCGACCAUUCCACGUGGCACUGCUACUUCCUUGAUAACGGUCACUUGGCCAGCAGAAAACAGGUGGGAUCUCCAGUCACAAUGAAGGUUAUACAGGAGCUUUCAAAGAAAGGCAGAGGUCAUAUAAAGAUCCCGCUGGCCUGGCAGGAAGACAUGCAGUUGUACUCUCUGUAUUUGGAUAAAAAGGACUUUCUGAAGGUAGAACACAAUUCAUACCUGAGGCAGCACCCAGAGCUCCGAGCCCUCCUGUCCGAUUUCAUACAGGACUUGCUGAUUGUGAAACCGGACAACAUCUUCCAGUUUGCUCGCGAAUACUUCCCUCCUUAUUCCACCUACCAUUCCCCGGAGUCUAACCUGAAAACCCCCUCACCAUGACGCACUUCAGCAGGAACAUCGCCCACACCUAAGAACAUUACUUUCUUGCUCGACGCCUGCCAAUGCUUUUAUGUACUUCAUUGUAAUUUUUAAGUGGUUUACCUUAUUUAUUCAUGCCAUGUUGCAUAUUUAAUGUAGAAUUUAAGGUAUGAAGGAAAACUUUAAAAUUGUAGACUUGGUAAUCUAGAGGAUCUAAAUGAAGUGAUUUGUUUUAAAUAGAACUGAGUUCUUCUGAGUUCAUGAGUUCUGGGUUAACUAUACGGAGGAAGUUUCUCCAUACCAAUAGAAUAGACUAUUCUAUGGAGUAUUCUGGAUUAUUCUGACUUGGUUUUUUUGCUGUAAAAAUGAGUCAGCUAUGUUGUGCAUGACAUGUUUUCCUAGGGAACAUGAAUUUUCUGAAUAAAUUGACAUGCACCUAAUCUGAAUACAUUUUUCAUCGACAAAGUAAUCAUUAUUUUUCAUACAAGUGAUGUGACCUUUGAGACGAAACGCAAACAACACAUCCGAAUAAAAAUAAAGCAGUACAACUGAUAUGAAAUACUGGGCAUUUAAAAUGCACUUAAGAUGACGUCUGUUCAUUUCUAAAACUAAACUAAACCGCAUGUUAAAAUACAGUUUUUAGAGUAAAAAAUUCUACUGUAUUUGAGACAUUUUGUCAAAGUACUUUCUAAAUUGCAGAAUAUAAAACCCUUAAUUGUGAAAGCACAAUGUCUAAUCUAUUUUAGACGGCAUAUAUGCAUAUCUAUGAAUAGUCCAAUUAGAUAUUCAUACUCCAGGCAGAUUUUAAUCUAAAAUUAUUUUUCAUUCAAGAGGUUGUUGUGUAAGACAGGGAAUGUCAUUGGCAUCUAACAAAAGAUGAGACAAUGUGCAGAGGGUAUUGCUUUUAAAAAUAUUUCUGUUUAUUUCCUUUUUAAUAAAAAAUUGCUUGUCAAAAAUAAUUUAUGCUCUACUCGGUUGUUAUUGAGUAUUAUUGGCAUAACAGCAAUCAAAUCCUUCCUGCAAUUGUUGACCAACGUUUUGGAUGUUACCACUGGCAUUAUGAAAUGUUGUCUUUGGUGAUGAGGUCCAAGUCUUUUACUUUGAAAUGCUUCUUUUCUGUCACCCUGGUCUUUAUGUCUCCUCACAGAAUCUCCCUGAGAUUCAAGGCAAGAGUCAGACUGGUACACUAUUAAUCCCAGUCAAAAGCUUUAAUCACAAUAAAAUGAUUUUUAUGCUG